UCGAAUCACAAUCUAUUGUCGUUACUCAAGCUACUGAGUAAAAUACAGUAUUCUUCAAUAUUAGUUGUAUCAUUUUUUAUGGGAAUCUGCAAUGGUGUCGUCUAUGGAUUCCUGUUUUGGCACCUAGAAAAUUUAGGUGCAUCACAGCUACUUAUGGGAACAGCCAGCUUUCUAAUUUACGGGUCAGAGGUCAUCAUGUUUUUCCUCUCCUACCCGUUAUUAAUGUCGAUAGGUCACAUAUGCGUGCUGUACCUCGGUUUGGUAUGCUACGCACUUCGAUUCUUAAUCUAUUCACAAGUAACCAACCCAUGGUGGGUACUUCCGGCGGAAGUACUACAAGGUAUCACGUUUGCCGCCGUUUGGACUGCGCUGACGUCGUUUCUGGCGUUCACCGUUCCCAGUGAGUCGUUUGCGACGAUGCAGGGUAUUCUACACGGUAUUUACUGGGGACUUGGCAGCGGAGUUGGUAAUAUGCUAGGGGGUGUCUUGGUAGAUUCCUUUGGUGCUGUUACCACGUUCCUUGCAUUUUCAAUGGCUAACAUAGUCGUAUUGGGAUUAUUCUUCUGUAUACAAAGGUGCUGCCCGACGCCGGAAGUGAAACUGAAUGGUUAUGACGAACUGGAAGGUGACAUGAAAGAAAAGGCGGAAGUGAAGUCGAAAAAGUCCGAGGGCGCUGCUGAGAAACAUCAAGUGACUCUCCCAUCAUAUCCGAUAGAGGCCGCUGCAGCACAAGCUCUUCCCGGAUCUGACUAUGAAUAAAAAGAAUGUUUGCCACAUUUUUUUAAACCGAGCUCGAUUUUGCUCAGAUAGACUGAGUUUGAUAGCAAACUGUCGACGAUUACAAGUUUUCGACUUGUAAAUAUUUACAUUGCACAGGGUAGUACUUAUUAUUUGUAUGGAAUUUUAGCAAAUACUCGUAAUUUCUCAAAUGG